UCUUGUUGGUAUAGCAAGUGGUGUCUUAGUAUUCUCUGUCGAUUAUCUUUUUCACCCCGGUUGUGCAUUUCUAUUUAUUUAACCUAUAUUACGAUGUCCCGUAAACUGCCGAUCCAGCUGUUUGUGCAGUUUUUAGGACAACCUCCAUGUUUUGAAGAUCUUCAUUGACGUAAAGAAUAGUAAAACCUAUGGAGAACUCGGAGUAACUUUUGCAUAAUUGACACCGUGAUAUUCAGUCAGUAAAUAUCUUCAUGACCUAGUUUUAAACACUUAGCAAAUAGCUAAGGCACUUUGGUGCAGGUUUGUAAAGGAAUAAAAUGAAGAGCUAUAGGAAUUAUGCUAUAACAAUCUUGAAUUCAGACGUCGUCGAAACAAUGAUGCAUGUGUCACUAAAAAGCCUUCAGCAUCUCUUCUUAUUUCAGUUUCUAGUAAACCAUCAGUCACAUUUAUUGUGUUUUAAUCGUUCCAUUCAGCUAUGUGUUGUCUUAUAACCUUCCAUUUACUGUUCUAAUUGGUGAAAAUUAUUCUGCAGGUUUCAUUUUAUACAUUUCAACUAAGUUUUCUGCUACUUACAACUUGGAAAUUGCUGUAUAAAUUGUAAAAACUGUAUAAAAAACACUUUUUUAGGGCCUUGAUCUAAUGGUAACCAGCUAUGUUCCCAAUUUGACUCAGAUGUACUCUGUUAGAGUUGAAUUAACACUGGACAUUUUACUGUGCAUAAUGGACGCUUUUGGGCUCUGUGAUGAAAGGUAGUGUAUUCAGUGGCGACAAGCAAAAAUGCAGGAAUCUACACACAUUAAGCAUAGUUGUUACUUGGCUCCCGGCGAGCUACAAUAAGUAGGCUAUAAUACGUCCAACGAUUCUCUUGUUUGUAGUUAUUUUAAUCAUUUUCUGGAUUUAAUAGGUCGGGCCAAUAACUAAUAUCGCUGCUUCCGUUUGUUUUAAACCGUAGGCUGCAGCCUGCACUGUGGAAAGAUAUACAAAUGAGUAGGCCUACGGCCCUAAUUAUAUACAAAAGAAACUAUAUACACUGCGAAAAUGAUAUGAAAGCACUGACAUAACAUAACAUGUAAUCACAGGAGUGUAAGCUACCGUUCAAUCGAAUGCAACAAAAUGGAAUGUACAUGAACUGCUAAGUAAUUGUAUACCUCUGUAAUAAGUGCAGAGUAGGCUACAGUACGAUUGGUAUAAUGUUAUAUUGUGGGCUUUGAAUAAAGGAAAACUACGGAUCUCCGCCUACGAACAGUGCAGUGUACACAGUUCAUUCUGAAAUGGGUGCGGAGACUACUUUAUACACAGUAAAAUGUAAUUCACAUUCCAGGGUGGGACCAAAUGUUAUCUGUUUAGAGUUUAAUUAACACUGUUAGAGUUGAAUUAACAUUGGACAUUUUACACUGUUCUCACUGAUAAACAAUGUGUAAAUGUUUUUUUUUUCUUCUUCUGUUCAGGCAUUAUGAGUCCGUGGAAGGCUUUGUUUUUGACAGCUUAAAUGUUCAAUACACUUAUUAUACAUAAAGAGACAUUGUCUGGUUUUUGCCUUUCCUAUGAGUAUUAUACAAUAAUUCACAGAAGCGAACAAUAAGGCAUUAAUUUAUUCAUAAACCUUAAGUAUAACAUUUCAUGGAAUCAUUGUUGGAAGACAUUUUGUCUCUUCUUUUUAUUCAUCUUGAGAAUCUUGAACCAUAUUCAGUUCUGAUAUUUUUUGUUGUUGAAUGAUUAAGAAAUAGGUUCCUUUUGAGUUUGAAAGUGUCCCUUAUACAGCAAAUUAUGCAACAUUGUGGUUUGACAAACUCAGAUAGAUUUUCUUUUGCUGUCCUGUUGUGAAAGAGUGCGGCAGUAGCAUUACUUCUCAAGGCAUGUGGUUGCUAUGGCCGCAGGAGGUGGAGUAAUGGAACUAUGCAGAUUUCUGUUGGUCUCCUUAAUCUGACAAAGACUGGUCAGCAAGUUCAGGAAUGAGAGCACCAUAUAAUGCAUUGUCCACCAUCUUGUUUUUAUUUUCUCUUGCUUGUGUUCAUUGUGGCAGUGAGUGCAGAGCAUGUGCAAGAAUAGUUUGGCUAGUUUCUGGUGUCCGGGCAGAAUCACAUGAUGUUAAGGGAGUGGGGGCAGGGGGGAAUGUUCAUGUCCAGUCAAACCAGAGGCAAGAGGAAGAGCAAUUAUUUUUAGAUUUAAUAAAUACACUCUAUACGUAAUAGAUGUCUUUGCAGUGUAAUGCGUCACGCGUGUUCAUAUUGUACUUUCAAAGGAACGCGUUGUUAAUUUAUAAGUAUCAACAUCAGUUUUUUUUUUAACUUUCUGUGGGAUGCACAGUUUUUCUGAGGGAAAAUGUAACUGGAAGCCAUUGGAUGCAGUCGGCUUAAGUGUUUUUCUAUGGAAAGCGACUGAAGGCGGGACUGUACGUGCCUCAGGUUUUCAACAGGGUUACAGGGGUCAAGCCGAUGGAGAGGUCUGCCUGAAGUUAAACUAUAACGGUUGAGUAAAUCAGGACAUCGCGGUAAACACCUCUUCUGUGAAGUCCUGCAUAUCAAGGUUGUUGCCGCGGUUCACUUGGAUUCUGGCACCAACAGGAAUUUGGCAGGUACAUCUGGUAGGACCAGCCUUUAACCUGUUAACUGGGAGCUCCUGCGAUCGUGAGCUAAGAGUGACUGGCGGGUUCCUCUUCAGGAAACAUUCCAUGUCCGGCGUGCCUGUGUGAGGGAGACUGCGGGAAGCCGACUGGGGGGCCGGUGGUCAGAGAGGCUGAUCAGAAGGGAUUGCAGUGCGCACCGAGCACCCUGCCAUGGCUGGGGGCAAGAAGAAGGAAGCGGUCACCCCUCCGGACGGAGGAUGGGGAUGGAUCAUCGUGGCAGGCUGUUUCGUCGUCACUGUCUGCACUCGUGCCGUCACCAGAUGCAUCUCCAUCUUCUUCGUCGAGUUUCAGAUCAAUUUUACCCAUGACUAUUCCCGGACUGCGUGGAUCCACUCUUUGGUGGACUGCACAACCAUGCUGUGUGCUCCACUUGGCAGUUUCAUCGGGAACCGGCUGUCCUGCCGCAUAGCUGUGAUCAUGGGGGGCUUCCUGGCCUCCACCGGGCUGGUCUUAAGCUCCUUCGCCACGAGCCUGGAGUACCUGUACCUCACGCUCGGGGUUCUUACAGGUGUUGGAUUUGCCCUUUGUUACACCCCGUCCAUCGCCAUGGUGGGGACGUAUUUCUGCGAGAGGAAAGCGCUGGCGUACGGAAUCGCCAUGUCAGGCAGCGGCAUCGGGACCUUCGUCCUGGCCCCCGUGGUGCAGCUCCUAAUAGACCACUACUCCUGGCGCGGGGCCCUCCUCAUCCUGGGGGGGCUGGUGUCCAACCUGUGCGUCUGCGGGGCCCUGCUGAGGCCCGUCGCCGCCAGAGACGAGGGGAAGGGCGCCCCCGCCGCGGCAGACGGUGAGAAGGCGGCGGACGGGGGCCCGCCGCUGGGGCCCCUGGUCGGCAGCAGGGGCCGGGAGCACAGCUGCUUCUGCUUCCGGUCGCUGCAGGAGUACAGCUUCCUGCUCAUGCCGGACUUCAUGGUGCUGGCCGCCUCCUUCCUGUUCCUGGCCAAUGGCUGCAGCGUGCCCUUCGUCUACCUGGUGCCCUACGCCCUCAGCGUGGGCGUCCGCCACCAGCAGGCCGCCUUCCUCAUGUCCAUCCUCGGAGUGAUCGCCAUCGUGGGCAACAUCACCUUCGGCUGGCUCACCGACCGAAGGUGUUUAAAGAAGUACCGAAGCGUGUGCUACAUGGUGGCGGUGGGCAUGGAGGGGCUGUGCUGCCUCUUCAUCCCGCUGCUGCGGAGUUUCCCCCUGCUCGUGCCUUUCUCCGUGCUCUACGGCUACUUCGACGGGGCCUACGUGGCCCUGAUACCCGUCGUCACGUCGGACGUCGUCGGGAACACAUACCUCUCCUCGGCCCUGGGAGUGGUCUAUUUCCUCCAUGCCAUACCUUACCUCUUCAGUCCACCAAUCGGAGGAUGGCUGGUGGACCAGACGGGCUCCUACAUGGCCACGUUCUUCCUCAGUGGCUUCUCGCUCAUCUCCAGCUCCCUGUUGCUCAGUGCCGCCGCGGUGAUUCGCCAGUGCCAGAGGACACGCACGUACGCCACCAAUUCCGACCCCAAGCUGGACACCUGCCAGAGUGCCCAGACUGAUUACUACAAAGCUUCGCACGAGGAACCAAAGCUCACAACAAACAUGCUUUCUGUAUAGCAUUAGAUUUUUUUCUACGUAGCAUUUUUUUUUUCUCUCCCCCCUUUUUUAAUGCCAAAGUGUAUGGAUGUACGAAUGCACAGUAAAUAAAACUAUGGUGUCAGAGACAACUUGAAAUCAUACACAUAAAGCCAGUGGGUACGCACAUGAGUCCAUUUUAUGCUAGCUCUGCUAGGAUAAAGGUCUGUUUGACUUCCUCAAUCCCUGUUGGUGAACUGAGCGUUCCGUAGGGGUGAAUGCAGUUCUGCGUCCCCACGACAGUGUCAGUACACCUCCUCAAGCUUCGGACUUAAAAUGGUGGGCCAAAAAUAUUUUUUUUGUUGUUGAAAAUGUCUCAAUGACCAACAUCACAUUAAAGUAUUUAAUAAUAUUGCAA